GAGGCGGGCGAGCGGGGCGCAGCAAAGCCCUCGAAGGGCCCCCCCGGGCGGGCUCGGGGAGGCGGCGCUAGCGCGAGGGGGAAGAGGAGGAGAGAGGCGGCGGCGGCGGCAGUGGCGGUGCAGCGCCCAAGCGAGCAUGCAGCCCGGCGGGGCGGCGGCGGCGGACCCGUGGCGGGAGUGCGCCGAGCUGGCCGUGCAGCUGGCGCUGCGGGCGGGACAGAUUAUUAGGAAAGCUCUUACAGAGGAAAAACAAGUGUCUACAAAAACAUCUGCAUCAGAUCUUGUGACCGAAACUGAUCAGUUUGUGGAAAACUUAAUUAUUUCUGCUCUGAAAGAGAAGUUUCCCUCCCACAGGUUUAUUGGAGAAGAGUCUACUGCUGCUGGUUCAAAAUGUGUCCUCACUGACAGCCCAACCUGGAUUAUUGAUCCUGUUGAUGGAACCUGCAAUUUUGUGCACAGGUUUCCAACAGUGGCAGUUAGCAUUGGAUUUGCUGUUAACCAAGAGCUUGAAUUUGGUGUAAUUUACCACUGCACUGAAGAACGAUUAUACACUGGUAGAAGAGGUCAAGGGGCAUUUUGUAAUGAAAAAAGGCUUCAGGUAUCAAAAGAGACAGAUAUCUCGAAGGCCUUGAUUUUAACAGAAAUUGGUCCAAAACGUGACCCUGAAACUUUGAAAUUGUUCCUCAGUAACAUGGAAAGGUUACUCAAAGCCCAAGCACAUGGGGUACGUGUCAUUGGAAGUGCUACUUUGGCUCUUUGCCAUCUAGCAUCUGGAGCUGCAGAUGCAUAUUAUCAAUUUGGCUUACACUGCUGGGACUUGGCGGCAGCUACAGUCAUUAUUAGAGAGGCAGGCGGUACUGUGAUAGAUACUUCAGGGGGACCUCUGGAUCUCAUGUCAUGUCGAGUGAUUGCUGCAGGUACUAAAGAGAUGGCGAUGUUCGUAGCUCAGGAAAUACAGACUAUUGACUACAGACGGGAUGAUGAGAACUGACCAAAAUGAAAUACUCUGAACAGUAAAGUGAAAUCUGGUUUUCUGAACUAUGUAAUUUUUUUCCAGGAUGGACAGCUUAGAGGGAAUAUGGUUGUGAGCUUAGGCCACGGGUGGGCAAAAUGCGGAUGCAGCCUGCCAGCCCAUUCUAUCCAGCCUGCAGGUCCCCUAAAAUAUUUAGAAAA